GUGUCGAAUAGAAAUAAGACGAGCGCUGCUGCUUCGCCGGUGUACAAAUUAAUAUCAAUUAUAAUGUGUAAGCCCAUUGUAUAGGCAGUGUCUACUCGCUUUUUAUAGAGUGCUACUUAAAAAUUGUUAAUCAAUCGCCAAUUUUCUGUAAAGUGCUGUGUUACAAAUAAUGAUUUGGGAUGAAACGUUAGUGACGUCUCGCAUUUCAACCUUGGAUAUUAUGGUUACAAGAAAAAGUGUAUUUUGAAAAUAUAUCCAGUGUUUUCUACUUGAAAACGUCUGUGACAUAUAAACUGACUGUGAAGUGGCAUUGUUCGACGUUAUAGUGAACUAAAUCAGUGUUAUGUCGGGUGGAAGAAGCAUCGACAAGGAACGAAAGUCGCCGAGAGAGAGCGGCGAGGAUUCGGAAGAUGAAAGCGAAAUCCUAGAAGAGAGUCCUUGCGGCCGUUGGCUCAAACGCCGGGAAGAGGGACACAGCGGUGGCCUGGGUGGCGAUAAUGGACACCAGCUGACAUUUUCUCGUUUACAGACACCGGCUCUUUCACAUGUUAUCAUGUCUUAUUCUUCCGAUCCAUUAUGUUGUGCUCUGUUCAUGUCGUGUGCUUCUCGAUUAACUUCAAACGAUAAUAAAGCUCAAACAAUAAUGAAGGUCAGAUUAAAACGGCUAUUUCGAGGAGGUUUCCGAGCGGCCGGUCGCGGCGGUCGCGGUGUCGACGAGCCACAUUACAGAUCAAGUUGA